AUGAGAGAAGGAGCCUUGGGUGACUACAAAGUUUGGGAUCUUUCGCAAAUCACCACCCGCCCGAGAACAGAAUCGUUGAAAAAAGGCCAAAUCAAGUUCUACAAGGAGCAAAUGGCAGCCAAACCGGUCAUCAUCUUCGUGCCUGGAGCCUGGCACCCUCCAAGCGCUUUUGAACCAGUGACGAAACGACUGGAAGCAGCCGGCUACGAAACGAAAGGCGUGCAUCUCGCCACGGUCGGUGCAGCGGAGCCCACAGAGGACUUCCAACCGGACGUGGACGCGAUCCAAGCGGCCAUCAGAGGCUCGGCCGACGAGGGCAAAGACGUCAUGCUCUUCGUGCACUCGUACGGCGGGGUGGUCGGCAGCGAGGCGGUACGUGGGCUCGACAAAGCCAGCCGGGAGAAGGAAGGCAAGCCAGGCGGCGUCUCGCACAUGUACUUCUGCUGUGCGUUCGCGCUGCCCGAGGGCGUGUCGCUGAUGGACGCCCUGCAGGGCAAGCCGCUGCCGUGGUUCGGCAUCUCCGAAGACGAGCGGAGCGUGGUGCCCAAGACGCCGAUCGAGACGUUCUACAAAGACGUCGCGGACCCGGAGGCUUGCGUCGACAUCCUCAAGCCGCACAGCUAUCGCGCCUUCUUCAGUAAAGCCACGUAUCCCGGUUGGAAACACGUCGCCCGCACCUACUUGUACUGUGAGAAGGACAUGGCGAUCCCCAUCCAUGCGCAGAAGGGCAUGGUCGAGGCCUCCGGCGUCGAGUGGAGGACCGAGUCGCUCGAUGCUUCUCACAGUCCGUUUUUGAGUAUGCCCGAGGAGGUGGCGAAUUCGGUCAGGAGAGCUGCGGGCGAGUCGGUUUGA